AUGUGUUACAUCUUCACUAAGCCAGGACUAAGUCUUCGUGUGAUCUUGUUGAUCUUAGUGGUUCGUGAACUGAGGUUGUCCGGCGUUAGGCCGAUACUAGUAGCAACAGAUGUAGCAGCUCGAGGGUUGGAUAUCAGUCAUGUUAAUCACGUUAUCAACUACGAUUUGCCCCAUAACAUUGACGAUUAUGUUCAUCGUAUAGGAAGAACCGGUAGGGUUGGCAACCUCGGUACGGCGACGUCAUUUGUUAACGAAAGUGGACGCGCGAUUUUGCGAGAUCUUUGGGCACUUCUCGAGGAGAAUGAGCAGGAGGUUCCUAGUUGGUUCUUAUCAUUAAUGCGUGAUGUUAACUCUGCUAGAGAAACCAGGUUUGCUUCUGGGAAGGGUCGUUACAAAGGGUCUUCUCGCGGUGCCUCAUUCGGCUCACGUGAUGUCCGCCAGUACUCUAGUGGUGUUGAUUUCCGACGUUUCGAGACCGAUGAUUUCCGUUCUAGAGGCUUUUCUAGCCCGAGGAAAGGCGGUGGAGAAAGAAGUGGCCGCUCAGCUGCAUCGUCAUCUUUCAGUAGGAGCGAUGGACUCAUCAGAGGUCCGGCAACCGUGGAGGAAGCGUGGCAAGACGCUUGGUGAUUCCCUCGAGGAGUGGAUGCCUGUCAGCUUCAGCGAAAAAUUUGGUGCUUUCACUAAUUUUUCCGUCUUUUCUUCUUCGUUUUCAAUCCCCAAUAUCAUGUGAUUGUCUUUCAUCGAUUUAAACAUCAUCA